AUGGAGAAAGGUCAAGAAUCUUCGACAAGGUAAGUCUGCAUUUCAACUCAGUUUCUGUGUUUUAUGUUCACUAGAAAUACUACAAGAUACUUAAAAAUUCCAAAAAACUUUAUUAUAUCUUCUUCUGUUUUUCUCGUUCCAGAUGUUUUUAAUCUUCUCCUAAUCUACUCUAAAAUUCACGUUUUGGUUGAGAAAAACAAAAAAAUGUUAUCACAUUUUCAAUUUUUCGGGAAAGGAAAAGCUUCGAAAUUACAUUUCGAAGAAAAAUAGUUUAUCCGUGUUUUUUUCGGAAAAUAAAAUGUUCAUUCUCAAAUAUCGCAUUCUAAGAAUAAAAAAGUAUUUUUCGAGGUUUUUUAAUUAGCGAGUGUUAUAUUUAUAAGUUUCAAGUUCCUUAUUCAAAAAUUUUUUUUGUUUAAAAUAUUUUUUCAAACUUCAAGCUCCUCAGAAUUUCGAAAAAAAUGGAUACUUUGUUUUCCUGAAAAAAGUUCGAAAUCUUCUGCAAAAUCAUCUACGAAUGUUGCAAAAAGGAAGAUGUCUCAUCUCAUUUUUCACGAAAAUCUCCAAUUUCUUCAGCUCUUAACCACUUGUCAUUUUAGCUUCUUCUUCUUAUUCUCCUUUUAGUCAUCAUAAUAUUUUUCAAAACAAAAAUAGGAACUCGAAAUUUUUUGCCUCAAGCAAUUUUUUUUAUUACACUUCUUCUUCCAACUUUUUUCAUUUUUUUUUUGAAACAAAAAUUGGUAGAGAAGAUAUUUUUGUUAAGUGAGUGAGAAAUUGAUUUAUUGGUUGGUUUUUCCGGGAGCUGUGCGUGCGGUUUUUUAUAUGACAUCAAAAUACUCGAGUUCUUUCUAUUUCCGUAAUAUUUCUUUCUUCGAGCCAAUUAAAAAAAAUGCAAUUUUUCUCUUUUUCGUAGCAAAAAAAAUCGAAAGUUUAUUUAUGUACAUCCGAAUACGAAUAUAUCACUUUCUAAAAUCUCGAAAGUUUUAUUUUUUCUUGGCGCCAGAAAUUUUUUCAAAAUUUCAGAAAAACAAACAUCUGAAUUAAAAAUCUGAAAGUUAUUUUUUUUUUUUGCUUAAAUCUGUCAAACAAGUGAAGCGAAAAAUUUUGGUCACGUAUUCGAGAUAAAAAAGAUUUUUUUGGUAUACUUGACAGAUGAUUUUUCUCAAGGGUCCAAUAAAAACAGAACACUUCUCACAUUUUUUUUUGAUUUCUAACAAAAAGAGAGUUGGGCAAUUUGUCAGAUAAACUUUUCGAGUCUGAAAAAUUUAUCCGAGUGAGACAUGGAAUGUAUUUAUUUUUAUCAAUUAAUAAGCUAAACAGUUGUUCAUUGUUUUUCUCACUUUUUAUCUAAUUUCAUUUUGUCUGUUAGUAGUUUUUGUCAUAAGAUACGACCUUUUUCCAUCAAAAUAAUGGAUCUUUUAAGUUUUCCAAGCUUUUGGAGAUCACCAAUUACUACAACUUCGAGAAGUUUUCAACAAAUCGAGGUUUGUUUUUCAUACUGAUUGUUAGAAUUCCCAUUGAUUUUUCUAGAUGCCUGGAUCAGAUCAAGAUAUUCAUAUAGUCGGUCAUGGCGAAGAUAUUGUUCCAGAAAAAACUGGGUGAGUUUGAAACAGCAAAAAACUUCUAUUUUUAGCCACAAAAAAUUGUGAGGUUUCACCUCUUCUUCUUGAUCUCCCCGAGGAACUCCUCUUUUCAGUCAAACAUAAAAUUCUCCAUUAAAAAUUUUCCACAUUAUAUUUAUGUAAACCCCCAUUUUUUUGCCCACCACAUAAUCCCAUCACACACUGGAUUAGGUGUGUGCGCACAAAAAUUGGACUCUUUUUUUUUGUGUUGAAUUGUGUGAGUGUGUGCUCAAUGGGCCGUUCAAAUUGAAUUUUUAUUUUUAUUCCAAUUUUUUGUGAGUUAAAAAAUACUCCAGAAUAUAAAGACAAAAUGAUACCUAAUCUGUUGGUGAAUAAAACUGCACAUGAUAAUCAACAAGUUAUGUAAGUUUUUGUUAGAUAAAUGAAAGGCAUAGGAUAUUUUUCUGGAAGAAAAUAUUGAUUUUUUUAUAGUGGGCUCACUGAUCAUCGAACUCAUAAUUAUGUAAAUCGACCAGAAGGUGAAAUGGAUAUGAUGAUUGGAUUCUUUUUGAUGAAUGGAGUUUGCAUUUGUGAGUAAAAUUUAAAAAUUUAUCUGCUUUUGAAAAGGGAUUUUCUAAAUAAGAACUCAGGAAGUUGAUAAAAAUGUUCAAAAAUAUUUAUUUUUUAACGUGACCCUCACAGUUUAGAUUUAAUUCUCAAAAAAUAUCUUUAAUGUUUCAGUUUUCUUCCUCCUGUUCGGAUUAUGUGUCAUAUUUUCAUGCUUGCGUAAACGCCCAUCGUUUUUGAGACCUCGAAACUUCAUUGAUGUAAGUCUCCUCCAAAUUUCACUCAUCCCACCAUUUUCCUUCAGAUUGAACAAGUUCCACUAAAUGCCGAAGAUUCCAACGCGGUCAAACCAAAACUACGAUGUAAGUUUCGAAUUUGUGUUUGACUACAAUUUUAAUUCGCGCGUUGAAGAGAUGUUUCGGAAAUUUUUGUAAAUUAAAAUAAAUAAAUUGGAAAUUAAAUGAGACGAAACAAAAAGACGAAUGUCACGUUGAACUAAUUAUCGUGUUUUCUUUUUUUAGCCAUCGUUAGUCAAGUGAUAAAGACGAAUAAAGUGACGACUACGGUAGCCGCGGAUGAACAAGAUGAUUCGAAAAAUAUUGGACAACAAAAUGAGCAGGUAAAAAUAUGAAAGAGGGGGAUGAAAAGUUUAUGAAUUUUUCCAAUUUAACACUUCCUAUUUCUAAGUUUCCCAAGUUCUCAAAAAUCUAUUUAUUUAAGCGUUUUCCCAAAUUUCUUUGACUCAAAUUAGGCAGUUACUUUACGAGUUCGAAACAUUUCCUUGUUCCUCUAUGUAGUUCACACAUCAGUUUUUCGGAAAACUACAGUAUCUUUUGAAAUUGAUAAAAUGUCUCAGAUAUUUAGUUUGAUUUUUGAUCAGGCAUCACUGAUAAUUUUGGAAGGAACAGUUUGUGUUUGAAUUGAACUUGAAGUUUCCAAAAAACAAUUCUAAUUUUCAGGUAAAAGUUCAUUCAUUCACAUCGCGUUCUCCAUCUCCACAAGCUCUUUCUCCAUCAACUCACAAAAGAACAAGUCUCGUCGCAACAACAUCCGGAAGAAAACAAUCAAUCGAAUCGAGAAGAUGUUCUAUCUCACAAGAAAAUUCGGCAAUGAUUCGACACAAUCUUUUGGGUCCAUUGUCAUUUGAUGAUUUGUAUUACAUGUAA